GUAUAGUUACGCACUUGGGGUUGGCCCUAGGAUAUGGCUUUGGUCGGCCUGCGGGCGGCUUUGGAGAGCCUGCUCGGGCCUGCAAGAGCUGGCAGGUUCACCGACGCAGACCUGCGCCUGCUAUUGGAGGGUGGCUACGCUACGCUGGAUGACCUGAAGGAUGCCAGCUAUACAGGCCUCCAGCAAGCCGGGCUCAAACCCGCGAGGGCGGACCAAAUUUUCCACGCGCAAGGUUCGGCAACCAGCCUGGGGGUGGAGAGCACGACAGGAUUCGGCCCGCCAGCUUGCAAGCUGCAGCUCCGGCAAGACUCGCAGAACCAGGACCUGUUCUUCUUCGAGCCCAUGGAUACCAUCAGCGGUGCAGCUCCCGCAAGUCCAGGCGUGAGCAGCAGCUUCUUCCUGGACCCCGAGGGCAGGCAGACAGAUGAGCUGCAGAAUUGGCUGUGCCUCGCCAAGGAAUUGUACCGUGCGGGCAAACCCAUCCUGCCGCUGUUCAUCAAUGGUCCGGUCAAGAGCGGCAAGUCCUUCAUGCUCAACAACGUCCUGCCUGCUGUGGCCAAUACCUACUGCAGCGGCGGCAGCGACCGGCAGCACACCGGCGCAAUGCUUUCAGGGCCCAACUUCCUGCGUGUAAGCUGCUUGGGCUGCGACCGCAGCAGUGGCAGCAGCGGCUUCCUUAUGGACUUCCUCCGAAGACUCAAGCAGAGCGCCGCCGACCAGCAGCUCUCCGCUGCUGCCAGCACGCCCCUACCCAGCGACAGCUCCGCGGGCGCCAUGGUUAUCGCCAUUCAGGACUUCAUGCGGCGCCUGCCACGGGACCGUCUGAACUUCCUGCUUAUCGACGAGGCGCAGAGCUUUUACCUGGUGGAGCGGCCCGUGCCAGACGACUGUCCGCCGCGCGGCGCAACUCUGGACGUGAACGCGGUGCUGUACAUGCGGCGCAUCCUCAAGGAACUCCUGCUGGACAGCCCCCACUGGGUCGCCUGGGCCGUCACUGGCAGCUCCAUGGCGACGCUGUGGGCCAACGUCGCUGCUACCCCGACCAACGGCUUCGCCCUGAUCAUACACCACCGCCGACUCAACCUGAGCCCCACGGUGUCCAUGGACGUGUUGCAAGUCGCCUGGGAGCAGCUCAAGGCCCAGGCCGCUUCCUGGAAUCCGGCCCUGCCGAAAGACCUGGUCUGGCGGUCGCCGCCGCAGGUUGCUAUGCUUGCCUACUUGUGCCAGGAGUGGAGGUACAGCCGCAGGGCUAGCACAGCUGCGGAGCUGGUUGAGCAAACCAUGACGGAAAAGCUCAUUCCCGAGGUGCUGGCGGACCUGCGCAUGGUGCUGCAACUGCUGGGCCAGCCUGCUGCACAGUUGAAGCUUCUGCGCAAGCUGCUGGACCCGAUGGCUGGAGUGGAGCCCGCCGCGCUCCCGCUGGCGUUCAAGGUGCUGCUGGCCAGCUUCGCCACCGAGCGUGAGGGACGUCUGUACCUGGACUACCCACUGUUCGCUCAGGUGCUCCAGGCGGUCACCAAGGAUUCUGGCGAAUUGUUGGACUCCAUCACCGCCGUCAAGUCGAUCAGCUCCAAGAAGUUCAGGGAGCUGGUUGUGAUGGGCGAGUGCUGCAAGGAUACCGAGAACUUCGACAGCUACAAGGACCUGCACAGCCUCCUGGAAGACAUGGCAUCUGCACUGGCGCUUACGCCGGAUGGGCUGCUGAAGGCGGACUGGUUUAUCCAGGUCCUGGACCACCUGCGCAACAGCUGCGGCAGCAAGGCCAACUUCGAGGAGAAGUACGGGGCACAAGCUCGGCAGGACGUCAAGGUUGGGCUGCGCUGGUUCCACGGGCUGCUGCGCAACGUCCUCAGCCACGGCUCCAUCUCGGAGCAGCAGCAGGCCCUGGAUGCCUACCCGUCAGAGCUGGCCGAGUUCCACAGCAGUGGUCGUAUCAGCGAGGUGCUGACCAAGACGUACGACAGGCCAAUGCCCAGGCGCAGCAGGACCCGGGGCGCAUCGGCCGCAGCAACGCCCAGGGCGCAGCCGCAGCCUUACGCGGGGCCCGUGCGCCCGAUUUCGCUGCACUUGGGCAAGCGGCUGCUGGGGCGUGCCGCCGUCACCCAGCCGCGUUACAUCAUGUGAGCGGUCCUUGCCACCUGUCAGGCCGCGGGACAGACCAUGCAUUGACCCCUCAUAAAUGCCGCGUGCUGUACAACGGCGGCUCACAAGACGUCGGGCGGCCGGGCCAGUCACCACACAGCAACAAGGUCUGCGGCCGAGCCCACGGCCGCGGCCACCCACCCCGCUGGAGUAAUGGUGCGGGCGCCCCGGCGGCGCCAACGGUGUCAGUGGCGGCGGCUGCGGUGUUUGGGCAGCAGGUGCCGGAGGCGGCGUCAGCACCUGCAGACGCCGAUGCCGUUCCCUCUGCUGCUGGUGGCGCUGUCGCGGCUGCUGCAGCUCGCGGCCUGCGGCGGCUGGGAGCCGGCAGCGCGACAGUCGUUGAGGCGGUGUGCUGCGUGCCUGUGUUCGGGGGCUGCGGCGAAGGGGGCAGGGUCUGGUGGCAUGGUCACCCCUGCCGCGUCUGUUUUUGUGGGUGCUAGUUCCGCGCCCCCGGCUGGCCCACAUUAUUCGUGGUUGUGCCAGCGUUCUGGGCUUUCUCUAGAUUUGCGUUGCGCGGACCCUGGCCGAGGCCGCGGGGGCUUGUUGUGCCUUACGUGUUGCGUCUGUGUGUGGCCUCGUGCGGUGUUGGUGUGGUUGAUCCGGGUUCGGUGCUCGUUGCUUUUCGUUGUGCUGCGCUAGCGCGCAUUUCUCUGCGUGGCGGUGUCGUGUUGCGCGUGGGCCGCGCCGCGCGCUCGCUUGCGGUUUCAAGAAAUCGCAACAAGACUAUUCUCUCGAGCAGACCUGCAAGAUGAUGCAGAAAAUUGAGGCGCUUGUUGCGGAAGUGAUGCGCAAGAUGGUGACCGCGCUGGAGGCCGCGCACACAAGCGAGGCGCAUGUGGCGGGGCGCACGUGGGCGAAACUGGAGGAAUGCCCGGAGAAGAGGCACCGCGUCAUCGCACGCGGCGGCGCCCAUUACAGAAUGGAGCAGCCUGGCGGCUGCGGCGGUUGCGGCGGGCAUGGCGGCGGCACAGGGGCGCGUGCGGCAAGUCUCGCGCGUCGACGCGGGGCUGAAGUAACCUGGGUGCUGACGGUGAGGGUGCUGAGUCAGGUGUGGGCUCUGAGCCGCCCGCUGGCGGCGCGGGCAGCAGCGCUGAGCAUGUCGCAGUACAGCAGUCUGCUGCUGUCUCUGUAACGGAAUGCCGCC